ACAAAAAAAAGUUUCUCGUGAAAGACAUUUUAGUAUCACUGGAUCUCAGGUCUCCAUCCGAUGGGCAGAUGAGUUUUGAUAACAUUUCUCUCACUCUGGUUUUGCUGUAAACUGGGGGGCGCGGGGACGCUCUGAAGGGGGACGGAGCGCGCAGCCCGGGGAUCAAGUUUCAGUCCCAGUCCCAGACUUUUCAAGGCAACAUUUUUUUCCUCCAUCACAAAAGUGGGGGAUGGUGAACGCUAUUUGGUUUCUUCAACAUUUUAGAGUAAGAAAAAAACGGAGCCGAGCUAAACUUUGCGCUGAAGCUUAAAAAUAUUAUUUUGUUUAUUACUUUUACGCACCGCAUUUGUAUGAUGACGAGAUUUUCAGUAGUAUGUGAGCGAGAAAAGAGGCAUAAAAAACUUUGGAAUCGGACGAAAAGACAUUUCUUUUAACGGGGGAAAUGUCGAAUCAGGAAUCUAGCAAAUAUUCACACUUUGGCUUUGUUUUAAACCUUUAAGCGCAUUGCACGCGAGUGCUGGACGAGAGUUUAAUUGGAAACAUUUGAUGAAACAGGGAUACAUUGUUGCGUCUCCCAAGAUGUCCUCCAGGCGCCUCUGCUCCAUUGUUGGAAGCUUUUGGAUGCUUUGGAUCUGGGCAGCCAUCUCUAUGGUCGCUCGGGCGGUCAUCUUGCACCCAAAUGAAACGGGAUCCAACGACUUUUGUAAGAAAUCGACAACUUGCGAAGUUCUAAAAUACAAUACGUGCCUGGGUUCACCUUUGCCGUACACACACACUUCUCUAAUUCUGGCUGAAGACUCAGAAACUCAGGAGGAAGCCUUUGAGAAACUGGCCAUGUGGUCUGGGUUGAGAAAUGCUCCUCGCUGUUGGGCCGUCAUUCAGCCAUUGCUGUGUGCCGUUUACAUGCCAAAGUGUGAGAAUGGAAAGGUCGAACUGCCCAGCCAACACCUGUGCCAAGCUACACGCAAACCUUGCAGUAUUGUGGAGCGGGAGAGGGGCUGGCCCAACUUCCUCAAGUGUGAAAACAAGGAGCAGUUCCCUAAGGGUUGCCAGAAUGAGGUCCAGAAAAUCAAAUUCAACACAUCAGGACAGUGUGAGGCUCCCCUUGUCAAAACUGACAUUCAGGCAAGUUGGUACAAGGAUGUGGAAGGCUGCGGGAUCCAAUGCAACAAUCCUCUGUUCACGGAAAACGAGCACUCGGACAUGCAUAGCUACAUUGCCAUCUUCGGCUCACUCACUCUCCUAUGUACCUUCUUCACACUGGCUACAUUUCUCGCUGACUGGAAGAAUUCCAACCGUUACCCCGCUGUGAUCCUCUUCUAUGUCAACGCGUGUUUCUUUAUCGGAAGUAUUGGAUGGCUCGCUCAGUUCAUGGAUGGAGCCCGCAAGGAGAUUGUGUGCAAAAGCGACGACACUAUGCGGCUUGGAGAGCCAACGUCCACCGAGACGCUGUCAUGUGUGAUUAUCUUUGUCAUUGUGUAUUACUCUCUUAUGUCUGGUGUUAUUUGGUUCGUUAUGCUGACUUAUGCCUGGCACACAUCAUUCAAAGCCCUGGGCACCACCCAUCAGCCUCUUUAUGGGAAAACGUCCUAUUUCCACCUGGUCACAUGGUCUAUUCCUUUCAUACUGACAGUUGCUAUUCUGGCCAUUGCAGAGGUGGAUGGAGAUUCAGUUAGCGGCAUUUGCUUUGUCGGGUAUAAGAACUAUAAAUACCGGGCAGGGUUUGUUCUGGCUCCUAUCGGUGUGGACCUUGUCGUUGGCGGUUAUUUCCUGAUACGAGGGGUUAUGACAUUGUUUUCCAUUAAGAGUAACCAUCCGGGGCUACUCAGUGAAAAAGCUGCUAGCAAAAUCAAUGAAACCAUGCUGAGGCUUGGUAUAUUUGGAUUCUUGGCCUUUGGUUUCGUUUUUAUCACUUUCGGCUGCCAUUUCUAUGACUUUUUCAACCAAGCGGAGUGGGAAAAAAGCUUCAGAGAAUAUGUACUAUGUGAGGCUAAUGUCACCAUAGCUCACCAAACAAACAAGCCAAUCCCAGAGUGUGCCAUCAAGAACAGGCCAAGUCUUCUGGUAGAGAAGAUCAACCUCUUCUCAAUGUUCGGCACAGGCAUUGCAAUGAGCACAUGGGUUUGGACGAAGGCCACAAUCCUUAUCUGGAAACGUACCUGGUUCAGAAUCAUUGGACGAAGUGAUGAUGAGCCGAAACGCAUUAAGAAGAGUAAAAUGAUUGCAAAGGCGUUCUCAAAGCGAAAAGAACUGCAGAAGGAUCCAGAGAAAGAGCUGUCCUUCAGCAUGCACACCGUUUCUCAUGAGGGACCUGUGGCGGGUAUCAACUUUGACCUGAAUGAACCAUCAAUGGAAAUGUCUUCUGCAUGGGCCCAACAUGUGACCAAGAUGGUGGCUAGAAGAGGGGCAAUUUUACCGCAGGAUAUCUCAGUGACACCCACCGGAACGCCUGUUCCACCUCCAGAAGGAAGGAACAAACUUUGGAUGGUUGAAGCAGAAAUUUCCCCUGAAAUGAUGAAAAGAAAGAAGAAGAAGAAAAAAGGAAGAAGAAAGGAAAUACGGCCAAUGGGACCUGCAGCGGACGAAGGGAAUCCCGCCUACCACCGGAGAGAGUUUGGCUCCAGUGCAGUGCCUCGCCUUCCAAAACUUCCCGGUCAUCGGAGUCUGGUGGCAAACCUGUGGGAGCAGCAGCGACAGCAGCAGGAGGAACAGGAUAUGCUACCUGGAGCCUUCCCAGAAUUCAGGCCUUCAUGUCCUCUUCCUUACCAGGAGAGGUAUGGUGGGUUGGGAUACUUACACAGUAAACCCUCCCUUGCCAAUCCCCUGACUUUAAGAGAUAGUGUGCAAGAUUGCUUCCAGCAAUCAUCAUGGCGACCUAAUGGAGUUUUCCGGCACCUUGGACAGGAGGCUUCUAUGAUGGAUGCUGGCAGGACUGCCAUUGUGCCACAGGCAGAUUGCAGGAGGGGUGUACCAAUACACUCCAGAACCAAUUUAAUGGAGGCAGAGCUAUUGGAUGCAGACUCGGAUUUUUAAGUCUUGGAGUUGCUGGUGCUCAUAUUGUGGAUAAAAGCGAAAGGUGCUGGAUACUCAUGCCAAACAGUGAACCUCGGGCAGGAGUGAACUGCUCUGUCAGCUCCGCUUUUCUAAAGGAUAAUGCUUUUUUAUGCAACCCUAAUGACAUUAUGAAUUUGAACUGGAUUUAUGAAACAUAAUUAAAAAGAUAUUUGUGUCUUCAGUGUGGAGUUCAUAACAUCCUUUUUUGUGGUUCUUGCACUUUUAUGGUUGCAAUUCAUAUUGAUUAGUUUGCCAAGUGGGGUAAUAUGUUUGAAAACAGGUUAGUGUGUCAUGGGGCUUUAUUCAAGAAUACAUCAUAAUUCAGGUCUUGGCUUCAAGGGGAAGUGUGUAACUCUGGAGUCACCAGGCAGAAUCACACAACAAAAGAAGACGACUAUUUUCAAAUAGGUUUCCCUGUCUGUCAUUGGUCACUUUAAACAGAUAUCUCACCUAGAAUACACGACAUUGGUCAAGCCCAUGUUGCUGUUUCAGCAUGUUCAAAAAUAGGCAAUUUUUAGAUCCCUUGACCUGUUGGUGAUGCCGUAAGCAAAUUUGGCAUUUGCCCUCAGAUCUUUGUGCUGAUGAGGUGUACCAAGUGUAAAUUUCCGAUAGAUCGAAAGUAUUGCCAAGAUACAGAUUCUCAUUUAAUUUUGGGUCAAAAUUGUUGAAUUUGCUUCUGCGUAACUUUUGAGCGGUCCAGCGAUUAUCUGAUCCAAUUUUGGUAAAAAUGAUCAAACUAUUCCUUGUCAGCCAUUAGUCAGUCAAAAUACUCCAUUGGUUGAGCCAAUGUUGCUGUGUUGGCAUGUUCAAACAAACAUACAGCGUUUACACUUUUUGGGGAAAUUGGUGUAUUUAAUAAUGGUCCCCACAUAUUACACUGAGUAUUUUCUUAAAACCAACCAACACAUUGCUCUGAAAAAAAAGUCUGUAUGGUAUGGUAUCUGUUUGAAAAUCCUACAAUUACAUUAUAGGCUAAAUUUUUUAUAGACAUAAAGAAAAGUAACUGAUAAAAGUGCUAUUUCUUCAGAAAAAGAGAAUCUAUUCAUAGCUAUUAUUGUUACUUUUAUAAAAUUGUUACUUUUAUUUUGAAAAAAAAAAAAAAAUUGCCUGGUGCAAUUACAAACAAGUCCACCUCUCACUCAAAGAGUAAGAGAAAAUAAAGGGCAUUUCUUUUUUCUUUUGUUCAUUUAAAAAAUGUUUUAAAAUUGUAGCUCAAAAUGCCAAUGGUUAUGUAAGAUCCUGUUUCCAUUGACAAAUAUUUCUGUACAGUGCUAUUACAAAAAAAAUAUUUUUGUAUUUUCCAUUGUUUUUUCUUCCACCAGUUUUAUUUUAUAUUAUUUCAAACUGUACAUACUUUAGAUCACAUUUUUGCUUCCUACAUCCGUUGGAGUGAUUUUGCUUAAUACACAUGCAGAAUUUUGUUUGAGUUGUAAAGCUUAUUGACGCUUUUUUUAUAUUCUUGUUUUGCCUAGAUUGUUAUCAGUGGAAAUAUUAACAACAACAAAAAAA